CAGCUGCUUCAGCUUACACGGGGACUGUGUGUACAAAAUGUUGGAGGUUGUGGAGAAAGACGGAUCGAUGGCUCCAUUUGUUGUGUCAGUACAGCAGUUGACCAAGAUUGAUGAUGCAAUGGUCACCAGGAGGGUUGAAAUACAGGCCUACAAAUACAAGAUAUCUAUGUCUCCCAGAGUUAUAUGGGAAAUAACGGUGGAUGACGUUGCAACAAAUCUCCCGCUGUCACUCGGAGAUGGAAAGGUCAGGGUCUACCAGAACGGCAUUAACAUCAUCGUGGUAACAGACUUUGGCUUGAUGGUGACCUACGACACCGUUGCUGGCGCCAUCAUACAGCUUCCAUCCACUUACAAAGGUGUUACCGGUGGUCUCUGUGGCAACUAUAAUGACAAGAAGGAGGAUGACUUCCUGCUGCCCAGUGGGCUGCAGGAGGCGUCUGUGGAGAAGUUUGCAGCGGGGUGGUUGGUGGUUCAGGAAGGGGUCAAAUGUCAGACAGGAUGUGACGGUGGCUUGAAGUGUCCUCCCACCAGUGGACCCCCGCCGGCUUGUAGCAUCAUAAAGUCACCCAAGGGUCCAUUUGCCCAAUGCCAUGCUGUUGUGCCACCACAAGAGCACUUUGAGGAGUGCACGAAGGAGGGAGAGGGUGGGGAUGCCCUGUGCCGCCACUUACAGACGUAUGUGACUUUCUGUCAAGCAUCCGGUGGCCUUGUCAGCAGCUGGAGAUCUGACCAGUUUUGUCCUCUGACGUGUCCAGCUAACAGUCACUAUGAGUUGUGUGCCGACACCUGUUCUUCCACCUGUGACUCUCUGAGUGAGUCUCCCAAAUGCCCACUAUGCCAGGAGGGCUGCCAGUGUGAUGACGGCUUUGUGUUUGAUGGUGGCAAGUGUGUCCUACUGGAGAACUGUGGCUGUGUGGUUGAUGGACACUAUUACAAGUCUGGCCAGUCUGUGAUGCUGGGCAACUGUUCUGAGACCUGCAGCUGUGCAGCAGGAGUAUUCACCUGCAAGAACUCACAGUGCAAAGAGGGUCAGCAAUGUGGGUUGAAGAAUGGAGUCAUGGACUGCUACAGCACAGACCCCUGUGAGGAUACUGAGUGCCGUGAGAAGGAAAACUGUGUUGUGAUGAACAAUAAGGCGGUAUGUGUGGCCCAGUCCAAGGCCACCUGCUGGUUGUUCGGUGACCCUCAUUACAGCACAUUCGACGGCCAGCCCUUCUCCUUCAUGGGCACCUGCUCCUACAUUCUGGUGAAUACGACCGGCAAAGAUCAAUCCCUGCCUCAGUUCAGCAUCCUGACCAAGAACGAGCUGCGCGUCAACUCCAAAGGCUCCUUCCUCAAGUCAGCCAACAUAGACCUGAGUGGUCACAGGAUCACCAUUCUCAGUGGCCAAAGAGGGACAGUGGAGAUUGAUGGCAUUAGGUCUGCCCUCCCUUUGAGUUUGGAGUCUGACAGCAUCAGAAUCACAGAGUCUGGUAUCCAAGGGACCAUCCAGACAGAUGUCGGCCUGAAGAUCACUUUUGACUGGACAGCCUUCUUCAUGGUGACCAUCAGCAGCAGUUACUACGACAACCUCGGUGGUAUCUGUGGCAACUACAAUGGUAACAAAGCAGAUGACUUCACCACUCCCACAGGUGUGCUUUCAUCAAAUACCACGGCGUGGGUGGCAUCCUGGAGUGUUGCCGACGGUGACCCAUUCUGCUGGCACGUCUGUAACAGCAACUGCCCCACGUGCUCAGAUGCAGACCGGGCACUUUACACUGGACCACAGUACUGUGGUUUGAUGACAGACAGAGGGGGCCCAUUUGAACAGUGUCAUAAGAAAGUGCCGGUGAAGGAGUUUGCCUCAAAAUGCCUCUAUGAUGUGUGUCUGAAUGAGGGUCGACAGGAGGUGUUGUGUGAGGCCUUGGCUAACUACGUGGCCGAAUGUCAGCAGGCUGGGGCUGUUGUCUCACCACUGUGGAGAAAGGCCUCCAACUGCCCCCUGGACUGCCCAUACCACAGCCACUAUGAGCUAUGUGGCACAGCCUGCCCUGCUACCUGUGCCGAUCCCAAUGUCCCAGAGAUCUGUUCCAAAGUCUGUGUGGAGGGCUGCCUGUGCAACAAGGGUUACAUGCUCAGCGGUGAACAAUGUGUCAUCAAGGUGUCAGGGUGUGGCUGAAUGAAAAAACUCCUGAACAAAUACGUAAAACCUGUACAUAUCAAGUUUGGAGGCUUAAUUUUCAACUAAACUCUCAUGGCUCCAAAAUAUCCCUUAAAAAUUCAAAUGUCCUGGUUGUAGGCUAGAGCAUUUCGACAUAAAAUCAUAAAAUUAC